CUUCGCUUCAUCUUCACUCUUCAAGCGGUUACAACUUACAGGUGUCACUCCUCCUCCGCCGCCUUUCACCGCUUCUUUUUUUCCACCACCGCCAUCGUCGGCGUUCCCGCCGCCCUUCUCAACUUCUCCGACUAUUUGACCAAUUUUGGUCCCUGAAGUCACGUAAACUCUCUCAGAAAUGUUGAGGCGGAGAUUGGAAGCAGCCCUGCACUGUUUGUUUUUACUUUUGGGUUCAUUUAUGGUGGUGGAAUCUGCCAUUGGUGUUAAUUGGGGUACGAUUUCGUUCCAUAAGAUGAAGCCGUCCACCGUCGUUGAUCUAUUGAAGAGCAAUAGAGUAGAGAAAGUGAAACUGUUUGACGCGGACUCCAGAGUGCUCAAGGCUUUAAUGGGAAGUGGGAUCCAAGUCAUGGUUGGAAUCCCUAAUGAAAUGCUCGCUUCUUUGAGCUCCUCUUCGCUUGCCUCUGAUCUAUGGGUCCGUCAAAAUGUGUCUUCGUAUGUUGUUAAAGGGGGCGUUGAUAUCAGGUACGUUGCCGUAGGAAAUGAGCCAUUUCUCACCAGUUACAACGGAGAGUAUCAGUCAUACAUCAUGCCUGCUUUGCUCAAUAUUCAACAAUCCUUAGCAAAAGCAAAUCUUGCAAGCUAUGUGAAGUUAGUUGUCCCUUGCAAUGCUGAUGCAUAUGAGUCUUCCCUUCCUUCCCAGGGAGCAUUCAGGCCUGAAUUGACACAACUUAUGACUCAAAUUGUUUCAUUUCUCAACUCCAAUGGCUCUCCAUUCAUCGUGAACAUAUAUCCGUUUUUGAGCCUCUACGGGAACUCCGACUUCCCACAAGACUAUGCAUUUUUUGAAGGGACUACCCAUGCUGUCACUGAUGGAAGUAACGUUUACUAUAAUGCGUUCGAUGGAAACUAUGACACUUUAGUUUCCGCUCUCACCAAAAUUGGCUUUGGACAGAUGCCAAUUGUUAUAGGGGAGGUCGGAUGGCCCACGGAUGGAGCCAUGGGUGCAAAUCUUACAGCUGCGAGAGUCUUCAACCAAGGCCUGAUUAAUCAUGUCCUAAGCAACAAAGGAACCCCUUUAAGGCCAGGUGUGCCUCCUGUGGACGUCUAUCUCUUCAGCCUACUUGAUGAAGGCGCAAAGAGUGUUCUUCCAGGGAAUUUUGAGAGGCAUUGGGGUAUUUUUUCUUUUGAUGGCCAGGCUAAAUAUCCUUUAAACCUUGGUUUAGGCAACAAGGUAUUGAAAAAUGCAAAGAACGUGGAGUAUCUUCCUUCUAGAUGGUGCGUUGCAAAUCCAUUCCGGGACUUAACCGACGUGACAAAUCACAUUAAGCUAGCCUGUAGCGUUGCAGAUUGCUCGACGCUCAACUAUGGAGGAUCAUGCAAUGGUAUUGGUGCAAAGGGUAACAUCUCAUAUGCAUUUAACAGCUACUAUCAGCUACAAAUGCAGAAUGAGAAGAGCUGCGAGUUUGAUGGCCUCGGUAUGAUCACAUUCCGAGAUCCCUCCAUUGGGGAAUGUAGGUUUCUUGUCGGUGUUACCGACAAUCGUUCGCUCAGUUCUCGUUCAUCAGGUGAAUCAGCACUCAUCUGGGUAUCAAUAUUAUGGGUUUUCUGGACUCUGAUAUUAUGAAAACGAGUCUUUCAGGGAAAAUCUUCCACAUUUCUUCAUUGAAUCUAUUAAGUUAUAGGCAUUAGUGUUAGAAUGUAAGCAUAUUAGAGCAAUUUAUGAAAGGUUGUACUGGGUUAUAUAUUCAUUUCAUUACACAAAGUUGACCCACGAGCAUAUAGCAUAUAUUUAUUAUUUAUUCAAGUUGAUUGUGUUGUAUCUUUAUUCCUCUCUAA